AUGCUAAGACGUGCAGCAUUGCCUCUGUUGAGGCCGCGAUCUAUCCGGCCUCUGGCUCCUCCAGCACGGAUUCAGAUCCCGUUGCGAUACUACUCCAAAGGAGAUCGACCCGCAAAGGACGCAGAAUACAAGAUUCCCGGUACCUCAAAAGACUCACCGCAGCAAAAAGAGCCCCUGCGAAAAGUACCCUUCGUCUCAUCCUCCCAGGCUCCCCAGGCGGAGAUCCGCUCCGACUCAGCGCCUGCCCACCAGUCAACUUCGGCCUCGAAACAGCAAGGUCCUUCCGAAAAUCCUCCAUUCGGCACCGAUCCGACUCGAGAUCUUGAUGAUGUCUCAGAAUCAGUGAAUCAAGCCAGCAAGAGAACCUUGAGGGACGGGGAGGGACAACAGUCAGAACAUGCUGCUGCGGAACAGGAUGCUUCGGAAGAACGUGGUCAGACACAACCUCUGCCUGAUCUGACCAAAGGCAUUCCGUCGACCUUGGACGCGGAACUGCGCCAGGCCAGGUCCAAACAGAGCUCUCACGCCCCCAGUCUCAAUAUCACCGAAGACCCUGCGGAAGAGCUGCCCAGCGGAGCACGCGGACGAGACCGCGGUGAUACUCCUCGGGAAGAGUAUGUAUCUUCCAGCGAUCGAAAGAAAAACGCGGCGUUCCGAUACAUGUAUAUUAUCCUGGGGUUGGGCUCCGUCGGCUUCUCAGUCUACCUGGGCCGCAACUGGGCGGAUGAAGAGGAGGAGAAGAAACAUCCCGACGCCCCCUCAGGAUGGGGCUUCAAACCUUUCUACAACAGAGUCGCUGCUCGCCUGUCCUCCACUAUGAGCUACUACCGAGAUCCCGUCACGACGAAGCUCCUUCCCGACGAAGAUCCGGACCCAAAUUUCCGCUAUCCUUUUGUUCUUGUCAUAAGCUUGGAGGACAUGCUCGUCCAUUCUGAGUGGACGCGUGAAAAGGGCUGGCGGAUAGCCAAGCGACCAGGCGUGGACUACUUCCUCCGGUACCUCUCCGGUUACUAUGAACUUGUCCUCUUCACCAGCCAGCCUAUGGCAGUGGUGGAACAAGUACUUCGGAAGUUAGAUCCCUACUCGAUGAUUCGAUGGCCCUUGUUUCGCGAAGCGACGGUGUACAAAGACGGUGGUUAUGUCAAGGACCUCUCAUAUCUCAAUAGAGACCUGAAGAAAGUGCUCAUCAUGGACACUGAUCCCCACCACGUGAAGCAUCAGCCGGAGAACGCCAUCAUCCUGCCCAAGUGGAACGGCGAUCCCAAAGACCAGACGCUGAUUCAAUUCAUCCCCUUCCUGGAAUAUUUGGCCACGAUGGGAUUUGAUGAUGUGCGAGAAGUUUUGAAGUCGUUUGAGGGGACGUAUAUACCUGCCGAAUUUGCUCGAAGAGAGAAACUCCUUCGGGCCAAGUUUGAGGCCGAAGAAGCAGAAAAACGCAAGAAGAGGCCCAGAAAGAGCUUGGGAAAACUCUCGUCAAUGCUGGGACUGUCGGGCCACAGCCCGGACGGAAUGCCAGGCUCUGAGGAGGGAAUGUCCGAGGGAAAGAUGCUGUGGGAUCAAAUCAGGGAGCGUGGCCAGAGACAAUAUAUGGAACUGGAGAAGAAAAUUCAAGAAGAAGGUGCCAAGUUUCUGGCUGAACGCGAAGCAGAAGAGAAGAAGUUUCAGGAGGAGGCCAUGAACAGCAUGAAGCCCAGUAAUUGGUUUUCAGGUCUGUCAGGCAGCAAAAAGGUCGAGGAAGCAGAGCAGAAGUGA